AUGGCUAACCUCAAUGACUCCUUAGGAGCUCUAUUCAUAGGCGUCAUAACGGAGACCCACCUUGCAUGCGAGCUAUGGUUAAUAGACUGCCUACACCUUGCGUUUGUUACCCAUGCAGUUUACACCUACGCUGUCAUUCGUUUCGGGGAUGAAUCCGGACUCUUGAAACUAACAUGGCGUUCAUUUUUGCAACGGGCACCAGCGAUGUCAUCGUACGGAGUUUAUUCUGUUACCGGCUACGGAAAUGUGCGCCUGCUUCUUAUCUGGGAGAUGCUGAUCAAACUCAUGAGUAAUCUUCUCCACAUAGAUAUUGACCAGCAUAGUAACAUUUGUUUGUUUGUCGAUUCUUUCCAUGCCUUUACGCAAGGCGUUUUCCCGCCAAUUUUAUACGUUGGUCUCAGCAAUGCAGCUGCUGGUGAUGUGUUGAUUGCAGUCUCUCUCUGUAUCAUAUUGUCAGGGCACCGUGGGGGUCUACCUAGCCGGACAGACAAUGUCGUCCGCAUGCUGAUGUUGUAUGGUAUCGAGACCGGUAUAUUGACAAGUGUUUGUGCAACAUCGUGUCUGAUCCUCUACGCGAUAAUGCCGGACAAUUACAUAUACAUCGCCUUGUACAUAGUCUUGUCGAAGGUCGCCCUCAACUCACUUUUGGCCACCCUCAAUGCGCGACGCGGCCUCAGGGAGGCCACUGGAUUGAUAUCAAGUACAAUCUAUCCGGCCCAAUCUCGCACAAUCGUAAACCAACUAGAGGAAGACAAAGCUCCCAGCGUGCACAGCAUUUGCGACUUUCUCGAUGCUGGUGUCUGUCCGAGAGACCUCGACGAAGGCCCCUUGCAAAUGGUUGAGGAAGGCCAGGGUGUAGCGUUCGCCAGGAUUCGGCUUUGA